UGUUGUUCCGUGCUGCAGCAACGUGCAUCAGUUCCUCUCUGACCCCACUGUUAAUCUGCAUCCAGACUGUGGCUCCACUGCUUUUUUCAGCAGCUGAUUUUAGAGAAGCAUAUUACGGGGGGGGGGCUUUGCCGUCUGUGGCAAUUUUUUAGGGCCCUGCUAGGCUGAGGAUUCGGCAAACAGACAGGCAAAAAAAAAAAAACCGAGCAACGCGAAAUCAAGACUCGCAUCGAUUUUGUUUUGGCUGAUUUCACUUCACCGUACGUCCGCCUCGGGUCUAGAUUUGGAGACCCGCUACCGCUAACGUGCGUAAUGUAUUGUAGAGAGGAAACACAGUAAAUAGACGGACACGUCCAUCUGCAAUAAAGAGGAAUCGAAGAUGGUGACGAUGGCUUCACCAAAUUUAGCCUCCAAAUGCUCGACAGCAAUGGCGAAGCCUUCCCUCCCCUUGAAGCUGUUUCUCUGGGUGUUUAUUGUCGUUAAUCUCCCGACAAGCUCCUUCCAGAAUGAUGAAGAUGAUGAGGUGGCUAACAAGACGUGGGUGCUGACUCCCAAAGUGUACGAGAGUGACGUCACACACAUCUUAAACAGCCUACUAGACGGAUAUGACAACAAACUAAGGCCUGACAUUGGAGUCAAACCAACAGUGAUCCACACAGACAUGUUUGUCAACAGCAUCGGGCCGGUAAAUGCCAUCAAUAUGGAAUACACCAUCGACAUCUUUUUUGCUCAGACCUGGUACGACAGGAGGUUAAAAUUCAACAGCACGAUGAAGGUUCUGCGUCUCAACAGCAACAUGGUUGGGAAGAUCUGGAUUCCUGACACUUUUUUCCGCAACUCGAAGAAAGCCGAUGCCCACUGGAUCACCACGCCCAAUCGCAUGCUUAGAAUCUGGAAUGACGGUCGGAUACUCUACACCCUCAGGUUGACCAUCGAUGCAGAGUGCCAGCUUAAACUGAACAACUUCCCAAUGGAUGAGCACUCAUGUCCCCUGGAGUUCUCAAGCUAUGGCUACCCCAGGGAGGAGAUUGUGUACAAGUGGAAGAGGAGCUCAGUGGAGGUUGGGGACAUUCGCUCCUGGAGGCUAUACCAGUUCUCCUUCGUGGGCCUGAGGAACACCUCUGAGAUUGUCAGGACUGUCUCAGGUGACUAUGUGGUGCUGAGUUUCUUUGACCUGAGCAGAAGAAUGGGAUACUUCACCAUCCAGACCUACAUCCCAUGCACCCUCAUUGUUGUCCUCUCAUGGGUCUCAUUCUGGAUCAACAAGGACGCAGUACCUGCCAGGACAUCACUGGGCAUCACCACUGUGCUGACCAUGACCACGCUGAGUACUAUAGCCAGGAAAUCCCUUCCAAAAGUUUCCUAUGUGACCGCCAUGGACCUGUUUGUGUCAGUCUGCUUUAUUUUCGUCUUCGCCGCACUUAUAGAGUAUGGCACGCUGCACUACUUUGUCAGCAACAGGAAGCCGAGCGCCAAAAAGGACAAGAAGAAGAAAAACCCGCUCCUCCGGCUCUUUUCCUCAAAGACACCCACGGUUGACAUCCGUCCCCGCUCGGCCACAGCCAUUCAGAUGAACAACGCCACGCACAUGCAGGAGCGAGACGAAGAGUACGGUUAUGAGUGUCUGGACGGGAAGGACUGCACCAGCUUCUUCUGCUGUUUCGAGGACUGCCGCUCUGGAGCCUGGCGGCACGGCAGGUUGCACAUCCGCAUCGCAAAGAUAGACUCGUAUGCACGCAUCUUCUUCCCCACUGCAUUUGGUCUAUUUAACCUGGUCUACUGGGUGUCCUAUCUCUAUCUCUAGGCCUGGGUGUGUACCCAGCCCUAUCAUUCAGCUCAUUACAUUCUACAUAAGCUCUGUGCCAGCAAGGGACAAUAUGAAGGAGGGGACCCACUAAAAUUAUACAGUGCAUAUCUGUAAUUCCAUAAAUCUGAUCUCGCUGAAUUGUAGUUAUUUAUUUGAAAACUUUAACAUACAUUGCAAAAAUUGUAGCAUUACAUUUAACUGGUAUGAGGAAGUUUGUAGAUGUGUUAUGGAAACAUUGAUUGUGUGACCAAUGAUGUUUAGUUUUUAUGAUUUUUAUUGGACUUUCCUCUUCAUUUCUUCUCAAUUAGACUUUAACUAAUAUCUUUAUUUUUUUGAACGAAUUAACAUACAUAAACAUUGGGAGGACAGCAAACAAUCAUCAGAAAAAUCUAAAUUACAUUAAUUGCAUCAUUUAUUUUCCCUUAACCUCCUAUAUCACACAAUCUAAAGCACUUUAAUAGAGCUAUUUUAGACAGUGAUGCUAAUUUAUUUUUAGUUUAGCUUUAGUGUUGGCACAAUUUAUCAUUGCAUUUUUCAGGUGCGGUCAGAGAAAGACAAUGCUGUUUAUGGACAAUGCUCAACUGUACAGACACUGUAUAUAUUUUACUAUUGCAUAGUGGUUUACAUUUAUUGCAUGCACCUUUCAGGCCAAAAAUCAACAUCUUUUAUGGUCUUCUAUUGUUGGCUAUGGAAAUAUACAACAAAAAAAAAGCACUGUUUAUUAUCAUUAAAGAUUUAAUUAUAGUAUUUUCUAGGAAAAUUGGAAAAUUAAAUGAUAAAAAUGUGCCCAGUUUAUCCUUUUUAAUUUGUGGAAUCAUCUUUGCAUACAGGCCAGACAGCUUGUCAUUUUCCUCACAGCUAUUAGCUUACAGUAUAGACCCUGACCUCUCUUCCCUCUCCUCUAUUUGCUCGUUAAAAGUGUGCAUAUACAUAAUAACACACAUUUUUUUGGUUACGCAAAUACAAAUUCCAGCUGAUCAUGAAUUGAAACAAAUAUCAAAAUACAAGAAAAAUGUUAUAUGAAAUCAACUUAUGAGCUUUGUUCAAGAAAACAAAAAAGCAUCUGCUUGUGUUGAAAGAGAUGUGCAAGCCUUAUUAUCAAGCAUCUAACUUCCUGUCUCUUUGAGAAGAAACAAGUUGAGAAUGUAAAUGAUUACAUAGUGAGGAAACUGAUUUACUGGCUGGGCAGAACUACAUUGUUUUUCUAUUUUUCUUAUUUUUUUUUGUCCAUUAAAUAGCUUUGAAUUCCGUAAUGUGUGAAGAGAGCGGAGAACAGAGUGAAAGCAUCUGAAAUGUAAAUGUCAUGUAUGAUAAACAUGUAACACACAUUCAUUUAUAGCCCAACAGAUUACGAUUUUGAGAGACACCAGUAUGCAACAAAUGGAGACAGUGCUUCAGUAUGAUUUCUAAACUCACUAGGAAUGGGUGUAAAUCACAUUGUUUAUGUACAUAAAUUAUUAAUGGCAGAAAACAGUUGUCAAGCCCUUGGGAUUUUGUAAAAGGGAAUAUAUUUUGUAAUUUCAGCAUUGUUAUCAUCAUACAGUAUAUAAGACCUAUUGUAUUAUGCUGGACUGACCAUGUAGAAUACUUGGGGGUAACGGGGUAUUUAUUUAUUUAUCCCUUUAUUGUAUUUAUUUAUUUAAUUGAGAGAAAAAAAAGUAUGUUAUGUUCAUAUAGCCCCUGAAAAAAAAACAAAAAAAACACAGAAUGCUGUCAUUUAUAUCAAAGAUGCAUUUUUGUUUGAUGUGUCAAUGGAGCUUGAGCUUAUUUAUCUUGUGUUUUCUAUGUUGUGAUCAAUGUACACUACUCUCACAAAGGCCUGUCAAAAUGUUAUCUCUGUUAAAUUAGUGAGUUGCAACAUAUCCUGUUUUGCAGCUUCUGAGUAGUAGACUUGAAUAUUUUCAGGGGGGAAAAAAAGACAAAAAAAUGUUCCCAAGUCACCAGAAGAAGAACAUUUGCUUGUCUCGGUGACUAUUGGUUAUUUCCACCUUCACAAGGUCAUUGGUCAUAUUUGCCAUCUUUAGUAAAGUAUCAGUGAUGAUACUUCCAUAUGCAUUUAUUAUUAGAUUAUCUCAUAUUUCCUGAAGUUUCUUCCCUUUUGUAUUUAAUGGUGGUCCUGUUGUGUUCCAAAGCUGCCACUCAGUAGUGUGUCUUCAGUGUGCACAUACUCUAUCUCUCACAUUUUUAGAGGUAAACGUGUGUCAAUAGCAAUGUAGACUGGUCAUCAUCUGUGUUCUGUAGUUUAAAGAAGUGUAAAAGAGUGAUUACAUCUUAUCAAGUGCCAAAGUGACACACAUGCAAUAGAGAAUAUCAAACUGAAUUAUCAUUUGUGAAUCCACUUUUAAUGCCUUGAAGUAAAACAAAAAAAACAUAUGCUGAAAGUGAGUGUUUUCUUGAAGGAAAUGCUAUACCAUGAAAGUUGGACACACCAUUAUUCCCUCAGAUAUUGUAUGCUUUUCUGUUCUUUUUUGAAAAUGUUACACAACCAAAAGCAUGAGUACAAAUGUUCGAAUGUAGAGCAGAUUGAUAGGAAAUUCAUGUUUGUAUCAGGGUGAACAGGUAAACAUUUCUGAUUCAGACUGAAUCUGACUUUAUUAGAUUGCUGGGUUUGUAAAUAACCAAGCAUGUCUUGUGUUUGAACAGUGGUGCAAAAAACAACAUACUUUAUGUUAUUUUACUUCUCCAUGAUGGUAAUUAUUGCUUAUUUAUUUUCAGUUUAUUAUACUUUGUGCACUCUACUGUAAAAGCAGAGGUAAAAAGGUAUAUGGGAGACACUGUUAUAUUCAGUAGUGUGCAUGUCGGAUAUGUGUUUAGAAUUUGGACUAAUUCAAUGUUUCAUCUGGUUGCAGUCUUUUGCCUGCAUUGACAUGGACUUUUAUUACACUGUACUUUUGACAAAGUCAUUUUAUUUAUGUCUGGACCCACAAAUGAGACAUCUAUGUGAACAGCACAUGUAGAUAUUUUCUAUUGUUAUGUAUUUUGUCAAACUGCAGAAAACAAAAUAAUAUGCACUGGUAUUACAGAGCUCAAGCUAUCCAAGAACAAAAUAAAUUUCAUAUGAUCCUCAUACAUACAUUAUGUUUGUUGUUUGCCAUUUAUGUAUAUUUGAGUAUUGUAUAAAAAGGGGCACUGAUCAAUUCUGUUAGGGUCUGCAUAAUAUGCUCUACAUGUACUGGAAAAAAAUCCUUUUCAUAAGGAAAUUGCACAUAGCUGUGAAAUUUUACAAUAAAAUGGUUGCAUUUA